UGCAGGGGUGAUGAAAGCAAAAAAGAGUUGCAGGUGCAUUGAGGGAUGGGCCGGGAUUAUUAAAGAAAGGUGGCUAAAAUACAGGCCGAUUUUCAUCAGAGCGGAUGCCAGUGCCCUUCAAAUUAAUCAACUGGCAGGAGAUAAUUUGACAGAGAUAUGGUUAUGGCGGAUGGGUUCAACUGGACCACCAUUGCAAGGGGGAGGCAAAAAUGAUGAAGGAGGGAAAGGUUUUCAGAGUUAUCCAAGAAAACUGCUGGAAUCCAGAGGUUCGGAUUCAAGAGAUGAACAAAGCAGGAGUCACUAUACAAGCCCUUUCUACAGUUCCUGUAAUGUUCAACUAUUGGGCCAAACCUGAGGAUACUUCAGAUCUGUGCCAAUUAUUAAAUAAUGACUUAGCUGCUACAGUAAAAAAGUACCCCAAGAGGUUUAUCGGCCUUGGCACAUUACCUAUGCAAGCACCAGACCUGGCUGUGAAGGAAAUGUAUCGCUGUGUGAAUGAGCUUGGUUUUCCUGGAGUACAGAUAGGAUCUCAUAUCAACGAAUGGGAUCUGAAUGCCACAGAACUGUUUUCUGUCUAUGCUGCAGCUGAAUUAUUAAACUGUUGUCUGUUUGUGCAUCCCUGGGACAUGCAGACAAAUGGAAGGAUGUCCAAGUACUGGCUUCCCUGGCUUGUGGGCAUGCCAGGGGAAACAACCAUUGCCAUUUGCUCCAUGAUUAUGGGAGGAAUUUUUGAAAUGUUUCCUAAACUGAAAGUUUGCUUUGCCCAUGGAGGUGGUGCUUUCCCAUAUACACUAGGGCGUAUUUCCCAUGGAUUCAGUGUGCGUCCUGAUUUGUGUGCAGUGGAUAAUAAAGUUGAUCCAAAGAAAUACCUCGGUUCAUUUUACACGGAUUCACUUGUUCAUGAUCCUCGGGCCCUAAAGCUGCUAAUCGAUGUAAUAGGAGAGGACAAAGUUCUUUUGGGAACAGAUUACCCUUUUCCACUAGGGGAACUAGAACCUGGAAAACUGAUUGAUUCUAUGGAAGAGUUUGAUAGUGGACUAAAGUGUAGAACUCCUUCCCCAACUGACAAGAUUAUUUUCUUUAUCUAGGAUGUCCCAAGUUUCUUGGAUGGUGAAGGGUAGGUUGAAACCUGAGCUUUCAGUAUUGUUGGGUGACUGCCUGGACAACCUCUUUCUAAAAGCAUUUUUAAGUCACUGGAAUGGUAAUGCAUUGCCCUUAUUCUUUCCCCUCUCAUUUGCUCAGGUUUCAGUACAUCGGUACUUGUGAAGUCAUAAUCUCACUCAUACUCUAGUCUUCCAUAGACUCUUCCAGGGAAAGAAAGACAGAAAAUACCUGAAUUCCUAAUGUAGCUGAGCACCUCCACCCUACUUUACAGACUGAACCUAAAAGAUGCUGAACACCAGCAAUUCUCAUGGAUAUCAUCAGCCUCUGUUGAACUGCAAAGGAAAAAAAUUGAACUUGCAUCUGUUUUUGCUUCUUUAUACUAUAUGAAAAAGCGUGAAACAUUUGGGAGUCUUUUUAAGGGUAAGGGUUUUUUGUGUUGGUUUUUUGCUUAUUUUACACAUUAGGAAUUCAGGUCUUAUCUAUCUUAUUUCUCCAAGACGGCUCUGUGGAAGAGUACAGAAAUUCAAUGGGAGCUAAGGGUGUGCUUAGCACCUUUUAGUAGACACCCAGCACCUCACAGCACCAGGCCCUUAGACAGAUACAUUCCAGGGGCUAAAUGAAUAUACUACAAAGGAAUUUAGGUGCCUAAAAUCCCAGUUUUAGGUGACACUGUGAUCCAAAACAUCUCCACUCAGUUAUUGCCUAACCCUAUAGGUGCCUAAACUCACUAGGUGCCUAAGUUUCUGCAGUAAUUGUUCCCUAGAUACCUAUGUUUUUGCCUCUAGGCAUGUGCACUGCUGCCUCACUCCAGGCACCUGGACAUCUAUCUCCCACCUAAACCCGGACAUCUAUCAAUCCACAUGGCAUGGGAGGGUAGGCAUUCCUCUGUCAAUCUUGCUGUAGGGUCCAAUCUGGAAGGCAUGCUCAGAGGCUGCCUAACUUCACACAAAAACAUCGGGGUGGGGGAAAAAGAAGGAAGACAGGGACUUCCUUCAUAACCUUAAGUCCAGUGGUUAUGGUACUCACCCAGAACGUGGGAAACCUCCUGUUUCAAGUUUGUCCUCUUCUUGAUGAGAAGGGAUUUGAACAGGGGUACUCUACCUCUCCAGUAAAUUCCCUAGCUGCUGGCCUAUGGAAUGCUUCUCAUUUUCUCUGACCCAAUUAAUAUUUAAUUAAAGUGGAACAACUUUAACAAGAGCGAUGGAAAAAGACCCACAUGAGAAUGUCUAGUAGUCCAAUGGUUAGGACACUUACCUGAGAGGUAAGAAACCCCUGUUGAGAUCCCUUCUUCUCAUCAGGGACAUGGGGGGACUUGAAGCAGGGGUCUCCUACAUCCCAUGUCGGUACUCUACCACUGGGCUAAAGGUAUAAGGAAGGCAGUUGCUGCUGCUUCAUGAAGUUAGUGAACACAACUCCAUCUUGCAAGAAACAACUUAGGCGCCUAAGCCACCUGGCUCCAGAAGAGGGGUGUCUAGCUGUGUAUCGUUAGCAGAGAUAAGGGCCUCUCUGCAUCCCAGACUUAGGCACCAAACUCUGUGAGAGGAACAGGGCUUAGGACACACUUCUCUCAUUGCCAUCUGCUAUUGACUUAGGUGGGUUCCUGCCUAACAUGCUGGGCUUUUGUGGAUCCUGCUCUUAGCACCUCUCUCACCAUUCAACUUAUGGGGAACCUGGGCACCUAACUCAAGCUAUGUGGAUCACAUUGUUAUUCCAGUAAUUUUUCUAGGCACCUAAAAGCAUUGCAACAUCUAAGUCCCUUUGUGGAUCUGGACCUACAUAUUUAUGUAUGAGGAAAAGGAAGCUAGGUAAAGUGUCCUCAGUUAAAUUUAAUUGCACCCAGUCCAGCAAACCCUUCAAUGGACAUUCAGUGACUAGAAGGCAUAAAAGACAUUGUCUUUCAUGUCAAACUUUUCUCUCCUUUAAAGUCUGUAAGUAUCUAAAGGAUAAAUUCUUCAGUUAUUUAAAUGUUAGAUGAUUUCUCCACCAACUUGUUGUAAUUAAAUUCAAAGUGGAGACAGGGCAGCUUAAUUUUCAUAGCAGUCCCUUCCUCCCACCCUCCUCAUAACCUUUUUAGCUUUGCUUCUUACAGAUGUUUAAAUAGACAAGGUGGCUGAGGUGAUACAUUUUAAUGGACCAACUUUUGUUGGUGAGAGAGAGAAGUUUCGAGCCACAGAGAGGUCUUCUUCACGUCUGGGAAAGGAAGUCUCAGUGUCUCAGCAAAAUGCAAGGUGGAACAGAUUGUUUAGCAUAAGUAGUUAACACAUACUGUAAGGGACCAUUCAAGUAUGAAAGCACUGAUGAGAUUCUAAUUACAAACACCUAUCACUGUAGUUAAAAAUAGCCUCUGGAGCAGCUGAGUCUUAAAGGUGAUCAACAACUAGGCUCAGGGCCAGUUAGAGACAGAAAGAUUACAUCAUCCAGUUCAUCUUUGUCCUUGCAGGAUUCUUCUCUAUUCUACAUUUACUAGUGUUCUGUCAAGUCAGUGCUGGAGUAUUUAAUAGAACUAACCAGAACACAGUUCCAGGAGUAAAUAUGAGACCAAAACACAUCAGAACUCCAUUGAGAUGUGGUGGCAUGAAGAGAC